UGGUGUCUCGCAUACACACACUUCCGGUAGGGUGUGAGCGUCAGGAGCCAGGAGCAGUCUGUGUUGGGACUGAAAAGCUUUAUAUUUGUAGUGUUUAUUGUACUUAAGGAUUAUAGAGACCCUGUCUUCACCCCUCACAGCCUCCUUCAGUCCACCCCUCAGCUCCGCCUGAUCAGAGAACUCAGCAAACAUGUCCAAGUCUCUGAAGAAGAUCGUGGAGGAGAGUCGAGACAAGAACAUCCCAGAGGUGGAGAUGUGCGACAGAGGCAUCUCCAACAUGCUGGACGUCCCAGGACUGUUCACUCUCUCCAACAUCACUCAGCUGGUCCUCAGCCACAACAAGCUCACAGCGGUGCCUGCUAACAUCUCUGAGCUGAAGAACCUGGAGGUCUUAAACAUGUUCAACAACCAGAUUGAAGAGCUGCCAACUCAGAUCAGCAGCCUUCAGAAGCUGAAACACCUCAACCUCGGAAUGAACCGUCUGAACGGUCUGCCGAGAGGGUUCGGAUCGCUGCCAGCUCUGGAAGUGUUGGACCUCACCUACAACAACCUGAACCAGAACUCUCUGCCCGGGAACUUCUUUUACCUCACCACUCUUCGUGCUCUCUAUCUGAGCGAUAAUGACUUCGAGGCCAUGCCUGCAGACAUCGGGAAGCUGACCAAGUUGCAGAUAUUGAGUCUGAGGGAUAAUGAUCUCAUCUCAUUGCCCAAGGAGAUCGGGGAUUUGGCUCAGCUCAAGGAGCUCCACAUCCAGGGAAACAGACUGACUGUUCUGCCCCCUGAACUCGGUAAUCUGGAUCUGACUGGACCUAAACAGGUGUUUAAGGCUGAAAAUAACCCCUGGGUCACCCCCAUAGCAGACCAAUUCCAGCUGGGCGUCUCCCAUGUUUUUGAAUAUGUUCGCUCAGAGACCUACAAGUAUCUCUACGGCAGACACAUGCAGGCCAACCCAGAACCCCCGAAGAAGAACAACGACAAGACGAAGAAGAUCAGCCGCAAACCUCUGACGGCCAAGAACAAAUGAAGAGGCGGAGACAACUUCUUCCCGUCAGACUCACAGCAUGUGCCUUUAUUUGAUUUCCUGUGUUUUGAAAGGUGUCUUACAUCAGAGUGUAUCCAUGAUGUCUCUCUCUGUUACUCUUCAUCUGGACAGUAUUCCACUGUGCCUGAGUCCAGAUGAACGUCUCUUCUUCUUUAUUUUUAAACUCUUUUUUAUCUGUUUUUCAUUGUUGCUACUUACUGACAUUGUUUGGAUGUAUCUGUGAGUUUUGUAACACUCAACCUCCACAACUCUUAUAUAUAUAUAUAUAUGCUGGUUCUUCUAUGUGUCAAAGUGUGAGGCCGUCUGUAUAAAGUACUGCAAGGCAUCACUGUUAAGCAUUAUACCAAAGGCAAACCCUGAACAUGAGUCCGUCUCUCUCUGGAGAACACCAGGAUGUGACGGAGGUAGAGAGAUGAACGUGGUGUCUCUGUUGUUUCCUCAGAAAGUGAAGUCAAAUGUGACAAUGUCUAUAAGAAGACAUUUUUAUAUUAAGAAUCAUUUCAGAGAAACUUGGAGUCGUUUUUUCAAACAAAAGCAUACUGACCCCACGUUUCCCUCUUACACAGCUGACCCAGUUCAACCACUCUAUUCCACUUCUCCCCGUACCUUUAACUUCUAUAUGAUAUAUUUUACACUCCUAAAGUUUAUCCUCACCUAAUAAUCCAGACAGCAGUAUUCAGUGUUGUUCUCCACCUUUUGAGUGAGACUGAGUAAUUCAAACACACACACAUCUGUCAUCCAGAGAAGAAUCAGGCUCUGUAUCCGAUUGGGUCUCCUCCACUUCUCUCUGAGAUAUUCUGUGUUCAUUAACUCUUCUGUUUAAGCUUUAAUGCUUCCUCUCUCUCUGUAUUUACUUUGUAAGCUUUACCAAAAGUCCAUUACAUUUCAUAAAGAACAAGAAUAUAUAAAUAAUCAUUGUAUUCUGCUUUUUUUCACAGCAGCUCUGUAUUAAACAUUUCAAAUAAAGAUCUAUCUGCAAUAAAA